AUGUAUGAGCCACUUUACUACGCCUUUGACGCUUACCCGACUAUCAUUCCCCGAGUCAGGGUGCGAGGCGUGAUGGCUCUCUUCCUGGCCGUCUCUAUUCUAUGGGCCCUGAUCUGGCUUCUAUAUCGUGCCUGGCAAGUAUGCCAGACCCCCAAUGAGCUUCUCGUUGAGAAGUUGGGUCUAGAUAUCCCACCGCCGCCAGAAGUCACCCUGGAAGAGAUCACGGCCCGUGAGAUUCGCCUAGCCUGGAAGCAACCCGAUUUUCAUAAUUCCAUACAUAAGCACAUCAUUCAAGUCAACAAUGUCAAAGUGGGCGAGUCGAAACGCGCGGAGACUGCAGUGGAAAUAUUAAAUCUUAUACCGGGUAGCAUCUAUCACAUUUGUGUCUUAUCAGUCAGCGCAGCAAAUUUUCAGACCCCAAGUGCAAUCCUCCAUGUCCGAACGAAAUCUCUUCCUUUGUCCCGAUCCCAGCAGGAUGCCCCCACCGGUGGUCCGACAAUCCGAGCAUCGAUUCCACGGUCAACGGCCGGCUUACCGACUCCCUCCGCACCGGUAAUGGCCCGCGAACAUAGCGCUGGACAACUGUCCGGGAAGCGACCAUCUGCUGGCCGCAAAUUGUCCCCCGCGACAGGAACAGCAGAUUUUGCACAUGGACACGAUGAGUUACAUAAGGGCGUCCUCAAGAGCGAUCGCGACGGAAGUCUGGAACAACUCGCCGAUCGAUUGAAAGCGUUACAACAAGAGAAUGAAAACAUGGAAAAACAAGUGGCCGAGGAGGAAGACGAGCAUAUUGUAAUGCUAAAAGAACUGGAGAAGCAUCGCGACGAGCUGAAAAAGCGGGUGAAGGAGAAGGAUGAAGUCAGUGGAGAUCUUAAGAAGCACGUCUCGAAAUUGGAGAGCAUCAAUCGCUCCGUCCAGGGCGAAAAAUCCAAACGAAUGAGGCUCCUUCAGCAGAAGGAAGCAGAGCGCAAGAAACGGAAGAACGAUAUCGUCCGAUGGCAAGAACGAAUUGCACGUAUGGUUGCCGAUGCUGCGCAGGCUAAGGAGGACAAGACCCGGUUAGAGGAAGAUGACAAAGGAGGCCGAAUCAAGAAGCUUGAAGAUGAACGACAAGGUCUCCAAGGUGGUGAUAAUGAAGAUGGGAAGGAACUUGACCGAAUUGAUAAUGAGCGGGCUCGUCAGUGGGAGCUAAAGCUGGGUGAGCUUCACGCUCGAUAUGCUACCCUCGUCAAUCUUCAUGCGCAGGCUCAGCAGCAGUAUCAAGAAGCCCAAGAGCGGUUGAAGUGGCUUACCACGCAACGUCCUAGCAGCUCAGGACCAUUUUCCCUGCCAGCUUUGGAACUAGACAUGUCGAAUUCAGCGACUAUUCGACCCCGCCGCCACCGCAGCUCUUUGGUUAGCAAUUUUUCCUCGUCUAUGAAUUACCCGGGUAUCGAAUCGACGUUCCCCGGAAUCAACUGCAACCCGCCCUCGUCCAACUCGCCCACGUUCGCUCCGACCUCUACAUUCUUCAAUAUUAAUAACGGUAUGACUCUCCCGGGUCUCUCUGAUCCACCAGAGGUUAUGCGCUCUGACGCCGAGGCUGCCUUCAACAAUCCACAAAUGAGUCCCCGCGCCGAUGCUUUGCUGCCAUCAGACCUGCUUGGAGAUGAGGAAUCGCCCGAGUUUCCCCGGUCUGUUGGCCGCGCUCGAUUCUCUACGAUGGAUUCAUCAAACAUGCCGUUGGAUGGAUUUAGUCAUGGCCCUGUCUCGCCUGUGUCUUCUGGGAGUAGGCCCGGCAGCAUCUUUGCUAGCCCGUUGGAGACCCGUAAUCGGCAGGACUCUGGUUCCCAGCCGGGACAGUUGUCCGCUGCCGAGGAAGCACCGAAGAGCGCUUCUCGACGACUGUCUGGGAUCUUUGGGUUCCACCGACCUCGGGGAAAGACCCUGGCUGAUGGACCUCCUAUGUUGGGUACUUUGAAACCUGGACAAAGUCAAUCUUUCCCACGGAAUGUUGAUGAGCUAGACCCAAUCGGAUCGCGACGUCGGAGACUGAGCUAUACGGGCAACUGGGCAAACGCAAUGUCCUUGUUCCCUCGAAGUAACACCACUGGUGUCACUACAGAUAGUUCUUCCGAUCAUGCGCCUUCCAGGAGGGCUGCCUUCUCGAACAUUUUCUCGUCAAGCAAAUUCGGGUUUGGCGGUGCUGGUAGCCGUGGAAACUCCGAUCUGAGUACCGGAUACAACCAAUUCAGUCCACGCCAUGACCCCAUUGAUCCCUCAUCUCUUCUUGGUGGCGUUCGACGAGGUUCCCUAUCUCCGAGGCCGUCAUCCACGUUUUCGUUUGAGAACCAGAACCAGCUUCCCCAUCCUUCUACGGACAAUCGCCAUUUUGGGUGGCCGUCAACAGAUCAAAUGGGGCAUCGCAAUAGUCCACUAGGAUUAGAUUGGACGUCUCCAUCAACCUGGUCCCGAGCGCCUUCACGCCGUCCCUCUAUUCAAUAUGGGUCGUCUGGCCAUCUUCCCCUAGGAUUGACUGGUGAGCCGGAUUUCGUCGAGGACACAUACGAUCGCCAUCAUCGGCCGCUGCAAGCGCCGAUUGGUACCCGUCCAUCGUCCUCCCAUCGACCUAUCACACCAAAACUAAACCCGGCUGCGCCCUCUUUCAGGGGAAUGUUUUCGAGCAGGAGGUCUGACAAGGAAAAAGAGAAGGAUCGAGAAGAGUCCGACGUUCCCUUUGACCUUCAUGUCGACGAUAGGUCCCCUUCUGAGCCUCGUACCUCUCGCUCCUUUUCUCAUUUCACGGGUGAGUCCUACGAAUCUUUGGAACGCAUGCCGUCCGGUACCUCGGUAGACAAUGCAUCCAAGGAAUCAUUUAUUCGCAAGAUCACCCGCAAAGGCAGCUCGAGCAAAUUCAGCUCCUGGAAAGACCGCUCUGGACUAUUUUCAAAAAAAGGCGAGUCUUCACAGACAGACAUCGAUGAAGAUGCAGCCAGUGAGGCUCAGCUAGCGAAGAGCAUCGAUAGCACUAUCUCUAGCGUGCCAUCAGCUGACCGAUCUACUCGCAGCAGUCUUGGUUUCUUCUCUCGCAAAUCGCGGAGAUCGGACAAGGCGAGCGAGACGAGCGAGCGAGCCAGUGAGACUGGCGAUGAGGAAAUUCCCGAAAUCCCGGAGAUUAUUUCAUGA